AUGAAAAAGGAAGCCUCCGACAAAUGGGAUGAUGACUAUGAAAAUGCAUUUGAGGACGUCAAGAGCAUCCUCAUGAACCCCCCGGUGAUGAGCCGACCAACCCGGGGCGAGGAACUCCAGAUUUACUUGGGAGUCUCCGACUCAGCAGUAAGUGCAAUUUUGUUUCAAGAAAAACCGACCCUUAAACUAAUUUACUUCGUAAGUAGAACCCUGCAGGACACCGAACGGCGGUACCAGCAGGUGGAAAAGGUAGCGUUAGCGCUCCUGACGGUAGCGAGGAGGUUAAGACCGUACUUCCAAAGUCAUCAGAUUGUGGUGCGAAUGGAUCAUCCUAUAUCAAAAAUACUGAGAAAACCCGACCUGGCCGAACAUAUGGUCGGGUGUUCAGUGGAACUUUCAGAAUUUGGUAUCCGUUAUGAAUCCCGAGGAUCAAUAAAAGGCCAACACUUGGCAGACUUUACAGCUGAGUUACCUUUACCCGAGGGAGAAGAAUGGAACUUAUACGUCGACGGGGCCUCCGAGCGCAGGGUUAGUGGUGCUGGUAUAGUGUUGGAAGGCCCGAACGGGUUUUUGAUAGAACAUUCCCUCGUAUUCAAAUUCAAGAUCUCCAACAACCAAGCAGAGUAUGAGGCUCUGGUGGCCGGACUAGACCUCGCUAGGGACAUGGGGGCGAGGCGACUUACUUGUCGGACGGAUUCCCAGUUGGUGGUGGGACAGAUGAAUGGAAAGUUUCAGGUAAAAGAAGAACAACUCCUGAAGUACUACCACAAGGCCUCGGCCCUGGCCCAUAGCUUCGAGAAGAUAACUGUACAGCACAUACCGCGCGAAUUAAACACCCGCGCCGACAUGCUCUCCAAACUUAGCUCAGGAAAAGAAAAAGGACAACUUACCACUAUCAUCCGACAGGUCUUGUUACAACCAUCGGUCGAAUGUCAGGCAAUCACCACAGACGACGCCGAAGAUUGGCGCAGGGAGAUCGUGGGACUGAUGAAAAAACAGGAUGAAGGAGCCCCCCUCACCAUGAAAGAAGCCAAGAAGAUUGUGUGUUUCCUUCUUAUAGGGAACGAUCUAUACCGAAGAGGAUUCUCAUCUCCCCUGCUUAAGUGUUUGAACAAGACGGAGGCCGAAUACGUGAUGGACGAAUUACACAACGGUAUAUGUGGUUUCCACACCGGAGGACGCAUGCUUAAGGCCCGAAUUCUCCGGGCAGGAUAUUACUGGUCGAUGAUGGAACGGGACUCCACGUCCUUUGUAAAGAAAUUCCUCGGUUGCCGAGCUCAUGCAAAUGACCACCACGCCCCACCUCACAACCUAAAUUCCAUGGUAGCCCCGUGGCCCUUCGCCCGGUGGGGGAUGGACAUCGUCGGACCAUUCCCGCCCGGUCCAGCCCAAAAGAAAUUCCUCUUGGUAGUAGUGGAUUACUUUACCAAAUGGGUGGAGGUCGAACCCUUGGCCACGAUCACGGCCACCGAGGUGCAAAAAUUUUGUUGGAAGAUGAUUUGUAGAUUUGGACUCUCGAAAACGAUUGUCACGGACAACGGACGACAGUUCAUUGAUAAGAAAUUCGAACAGUUUCUUCAAAGGUUAGGGAUAAAACAUUCGACUAGCUCGGUGGAGCAUCCCCAAACGAACGGCCAAGCAGAGGCCAUGAACAAGGCCAUAGUGGCAGAAUUAAAGAGAAGGUUGGGAGAAAAGAAAGGCGCUUGGGUGGAGGAGCUACCGGUGGAGCUUGGAGAACCAUCAUUAAGGAGAAGCUUAGAGGACCUCCACCUAAACGACAGGGAGAUGCGAGUAGAACUCGACACAUUAGAAGAAAGGCGGGAGAAGGCGGUUUUGCACGCGGAAGCUUGUCGUCGUAUGGUCGAACACAUAUACAAUACCAAAGUACGUCCCUAG